UUGUCGACUAACCUGUAAGUCUGAUUGUAUGAACGUGCAUUGUGAAAUCUGCACAUGCGUUACAACUGGACAGAUAGAACGCACCUGUUCAGGUACUGGUACUCCCGCUGGUCAAGUGCAGGACGUCACACCUGGUUAGGUACAGGACAUCGGGCCUUGUCAAGUAGAGGACAUCACACCUGAAUAUCCCACCUGGUCAAAUGCAGGACAUCACACCUAGUCAACUUCAGGACAUCACACCUAAACAUAGCACCUGGUCAAGUAUCGCCACACCUGGUCAAGUACAGGGCAUCACACCUGGUCAACUUCAGGACAUCACACCUGAACAUAGCACCUGGUCAAGUAUCGCCACACCUGGUCAAGUACAGGGCAUCACAGCUGGUCAACUUCAGGACAUCACACCUGAACAUAGCACCUGAUGAAGUAUCGCGACACCUGGUCAAGUACAGGGCAUCACAGCUGGUCAACUUCAGGACAUCACACCUGGUCCACUUCAGGAAAACACACCUGAACAUCACACCUGGUCAAGUAUCGCCACACCUGGUCAAGUACAGGGCAUCACACCUGAACAUAGCACCUGGUGAAGUAUCGCAACACCUGGUCAAGUACAGGGCAUCACAGCUGGUCAGCUUCAGGACAUCACACCUGGUCAAGUACAGGGCAUCACAGCUGGUCAACUUCAGGAAAACACACCUGAACAUCACACCUGGUCAAGUAUCGCCACACCUGGUCAGUUGCAGGAUACACAUAUGGAAAUGGUGAAGCAGCCGGAGAUUCAAAUGCCGUUGAGUGGCCCAUGACGAAAGGGUUCCUGGGUGAUUAGUUUUGCCUGUCCUUCAACGUCAUCAACACGUCAGCGGUGUCUUUGUCCUAGACCAUGGAGCAGGUGGAGCCGAAGAGGAAGCCGAACCCGAAGCGUCUGGAGAAGACCCUGUUCGUGAACCACAAGGAGGAACAGGCGCUGGAGAAGAGACUCGAAUCCAUUUCCCUCAACUCCAGACUCAGGAUGAUGGAGCUGGACAGAGAGAGGAUCACCUUGAGGAACGAAUACCGUCUCAGCAGGCGCCAUAACGUGUCCUCCUCAAAACCAAGGUCAAGGUCACCGUCACCCUUUGUUGACGCGAGACCGUCACGGCAUCAGACGCUUGAUCCUGUCAACUCGUACCUGCUGACGGAGUACCGCCGGGUGUCCGAGGUUAUUCCUUCCAUACUGAUGUCCUUGUCCGCUAAAGAAGAGAAGAACCCCGAGUUCGUUGCCAUGACGACAACGAAAGCGGACAGGACACAAUCAGGGGGUGCCGAUGAGCCUGACAUGACAAAAAUACUUCAGCUAAUUCGGAACGUGAAGAAGAUGCGUCAGGACAUGAACGUAAGUAAAAGACUUGAUAGCAACCGUUGUAAGGUCAAUUUUAAAGAUUUACUGAAAAGCAUUGAAGCCAGGGAACAGAAAGGCAGUCUAUCGGAUACCUACACUGACGGUGCGUGUUCGUUGCUGAGACGGAAGAUGAACAAGAUGAGACGCGAUGGGCAGGAUGUGGAUCGAAGACAAGGUCCACGAUCACAGGGAGAACACAGACAACCGACGGAAAUUAUCAAGUCCCCGGACGAGAAUCCUCAAAGAAAGAGACACUCGAUAACACUACCUAGGGUCAGCGACACGCCCAUGCAAUCCCAGGGGUUGACCAUGACACGAAGUGUUACGACACUGGGCAUGCCGGGAAGACAGAAGACGUCACUUCCGGCCUACACGAAGAGGCAGUUGGCUGAGGAAGACGAGUUCAUCACUAGGACCAAGGUGUCGAGGGAGCUCGAGAACUAUGACAAAAUCAGAGGAAGGAUUGGUACUUUUAUGAACACAAUCAAUCAGCCACGGUUACCUCCCUUUGAACAAGGUGAACUUUCAGGGUAAGUUAGAUAUCACUACACUGGACGCGAUUUCAAACCUGUUAGAAAUUAUCUCCAACCUUUACACGACUGAUGACAUAUGUACAACCGAUGACAGUUUUACAAAACGAAGAUGUCAAAAACGUUAAGCGAAAAAGUGCUCUUCAUGUUGUGGGCGUAUUGGUUUAACAUUAUGCAAAGGGACCAAGCAAUGGUUUCAAGGUGAACAGCUAAUACACUUGGCUGACUUUGAUAUAAAACAUUUUCGAAUGAAUAGCAUAUCUCUCGUGCGUCAGGAGAUGAUUCCUAUCAUUAGAUAUAUCCAAAGUGAUGCAAACUAUUUCCUGAAGAUAUAUCCGGACUAAACCAUCUUCCCGAGGCAAGGGAGUUAACUAACUAUAAAAGUACAGUUUCCACCCUUGCCGAUCUAGGCUGAAACUAUGGAGUAACCCUUUUGCUGGACUAACGAAUCUAUGCAAAGUCCAAUCAAAAUCGCGUAACGAACUUGACAUCCGGUCUGUAAACAACAUGCAUUUCAACGUGCAGAUUUCGGUGGACUGCAGAAUGCGCAAAGCAUAUAUACUGCCAACUGGGCGUCGACAGAUAUUUUGCAAAUUCCUUCAUGUUUUUAAUCAAGGUGUUCACGUGAUUUGAUGCAUUUCGCGGGGUAAGACCCGUUUUGUUACAAUAUAGAUCUUGGUUAUCGACCAAAACGUCUUGACAGGGCGACGCCAUUUUGUUUGAAGCAAAUACAAGUGAUAUGAGAGAUGGAAUCUGAUUGGUCAAUAGGAGGGAUAUGACUGGUAAUAGCCACGGGUGGCGCUACAAUCGAGCCUGGAAAUUCAGCCUAGUUCGGCAAGAGUGGAAACUGGGCUUUUAUGGUCCAAAACACGCUUUCAUAAAUUAAAUUGACCUCAGGCUUUACAACGAAAUUGCAUAUGCUGGCUGUCCAGGCAGGAUUGUGCUGUGGCUUCUCCUGACAGAGAAAGGGAAUAUUCAAAGAUCCCCUUAUGACAAGUGUUUGCUGGGGCCAGCUCCCCACGAAGAGACCCGUGAAGAUUCCGGGGUAGAAUAGGUCUUCAGCAACCCAAGCUUUCCGUAAAAGGUGACUA